CUACCCAACGCAUGAUCAAGGUACAACAAGGGGAAGAUCUCAAAGGGUCACAAUGAAGAAAAAUGAUAAGGACUUAGCUGGGGCGAUGCUGAGUCUUUUUGUGCUUUUGAUUGCGCCCUCAGCAGUGAUCUCAGUUCAAGAAUGUACAAGGAUAUCCGUGGUGUGCCCGGAGGUCGGGGUGCCCGGCCAGUCUACGGCGGUCCUCGUCUCUCUCGGGAGGAACGAACCGACUAACGUCACCCUCAGGCUCGUCUCUUCGGAUUCAACGGAACUUCUUGCACAAAGCACCGCUCUCAUCCAAGGUGAAGGAAGCGUCGGUGUGCCGAUUCCAGGCCAGGCCCAGAACAAGCUGAACCUCGAGAUACACAUGGAAUGCGAUUUAGAAAAGAGUUCAUGCAAACCGCAUGCCCUCUGCCCUCUCUCACUCAUCGGGCCCGUCCGAGAUGUCAUCGUCAGACCGAGAAGCAAAUAUUACAAACCUGGAGAGACAAUUGAGUUUUGGGUUUUGGCAUUGGAUCACGAACUUCGCCUGGCCAACGACAUUAUUGGUAACGUUCACGUUAGAGAUCCGACAGGAACAAGAAUCGCAAUUUGGGAACAGAUACCACUCAAUGACGGCGUGAAGUCCUUCGAAGCAGUCAUAUCUCCGGAAGCGAGGCUCGGUCUUUGGCGCCUGGAGGCCGAAGUGGAAGAGGCAGUUUUCAAAACGGAAAUCAAUGUUUCUCUCACCCGGGGGAGCAAGGAUCCGGUCGCCCCGGAACUGCCGAUCGCAGAGGAACAUUUUGUCGAGCUGAGAUUCUCGAGGGACAUGCGGAGGAGGUACAAACCAGGUCUUCCUUUCGUCGGAAAGGUAGAAGCUGUGAGUUCUGAAAAAGCUGUGAGGGUGAGGGUGAAGGUCUUGGACAACACAACGUCCAUCUACAGCCAGGACAUAGAGAUGGCCGGAGGCGAAGGUAGUUUCCUCGUACCCGCAAUCCUGUCCGACAGUGAUCUCAUUACGCUCCAGACGGAGCUGGUUUCUGUCGAAGGGAAGGAGAUUGAUAGCCACUACGUUCUGGCCAGGGAACCCGUCUACAAAUGGAAUUCAACAUCAACGUGCUAUUUAUUGGCCGAGGGAAUGGAAGCGUCUCUUAAGCCAGGAGACGAUGCCAAGACAGUGAUUUUAUCAUCUUGCCCCUGUGACAGACCUCUUCAUUACAUUGUGAGUACCGAAGGGCAUCUGACUUACUGGGACGAAGGGCAUGUCCCUGCUGUGAACAUCCCACAAGACGCCAACUUGAACCCGAGUUCACUGUGUCGAUUCAACUUAUCGUUUAAAGUGGAAGCUGUUAUGGCACCGGUGAGCCAUCUCCUCGUGUAUUAUGUGACAGACGAAGGAGAGCCAAUCAGCGACGUCAUCUCGUUCGACGUUAAAUUAAUUCACCGACAGAUAACACUAAAUCUGGAGCAGAAAAAGUUUUGGUUUCCAGCCGAAGAAAUGGACGUCCAAGUUUUGGCCGACUUGCAGUCACUCUUUUGUCUGGUGGGCGGUCGCGGCGGUGAUUUGAACACGCAAAAAAUAUCCGAAGGCUUGGAGUUGGACUUUACCGAAGCCGGCGUCGGAUUCUACCAGAGAAGCUGCCUCGGAGAGGGAAACACCACUAACAAAAUGACGCUGAGAAGUAACAAAACUCUUCCGCACCACAGCGUCAUGUCGGACUCGGGGCUGGACCAGCUCUGGCUCUGGAAAUGCUUCAAUUACACUGCCGAGAUAGAAGCGAGAGGAGUACGAGUCCCUUCUCCGCCCGAACCUGGAAAGUGGUCGAUGUUCGCCCUUUCGGUUUCUCCCGUGGUCGGGCUCAGGUUUUCGUCGCCGAUCCCCAUCCAAGUUUUCAGGCCUCUCGAAGUGGAUUUCAAGCUUCCCGGCGCCCUGAGAGUCGGCGAGAGUCUUGAAGUGGACAUCAAGAUCGGAAACAACUUGAAUUCCUGCGUGGACGUGAACGCCUUGCUGACCGUAGGAGAAGGUGCUCAUUUCUUAGGAAGCAGUCAGCCUUUCGUCGCUGAGAAACUUCGACUCGGCCCACACGGCGCGACUUCUUUGGUCGUUAGGAUUGUCGCUACUACAUCCGGCAAAAAGAAUAUGACAGUUGAAGUCUCCGCGUACCACAGCGAAACGUGUCAGACUGUCAGCUCGGGCUUAGCAUCAAACCAUUCUCUCGUGGGAACGGUCGUCAAGCAGAGAGGAAUAUUGAUUAAUCCAGAAGGAUUAGUCAAGACACACAUCGAAAGUGCUUAUUUCUGCGCAAACGAGCAAAUGGUCAUAUCCACGCCGGAGAAAUUCAGUUAUCAGUUCAUACCAGCGCCCAGGAACCGCGAAGGUGUUAUUUUUGAGGUGCGAGCGGGCAUGGGAGUGCAUGUCGCCAUUUCGGAAAUCCAAGAUGUGUCGCAGAGGAUGUACCAAACGGUCAUCGGCGAUCUGGAUAACACGGUCUCUUGGAUCGGAAGAGGCAAACACGGCUAUUCCGUCCGUCUGGUAACUGCGUCCACCCCACAAAUUUUAUCGCACGACGAGUCCAGGACAUUCUGGCUGAGUUGGGACAGAGGAGCACUCUCGUUCGGCGUCGGUUCGGGGAUCCACGAGAGGGCCAAACUAAAAUGGAAACUGGAAAAAAAGAUGAAAGUGAAUUACAUCGGUUUUGCGACUUCUUGGGGCCAGCCGGCGGAUGUCAGAAUUUGGAAUUUCAACGACGAAGCAGGAUUUUCACAAGUGAUUCAUCUCGACAUCCCGAGGUCUGUUUUGCCCGGAUCUGAAACUGGGACAUUGCUCGUAGCGGGAGGACUUCACCUUCCUUAUGUUGUGUCAGACCCAAGGCCGUCUCUUUCUGAAUUCAGCAGUUUGGCAACAACAGUGUCAAUGAUAGCUCCGCUGUUAACAGAACACCAGCAUUUCCUAAACCAGUCAGAUACGCCGGAGCAGAAGCAAAGAGCUGAUAAAAUUUAUUCUAAAAUUCAAAAUCUUCUCCUUUUCAAAAUGAACGACAGCUCUUUUAGCGAUCAUUCGAGCAUGACAAGUCAAUGGAGUUCUGUUGAAGUUUUGGAUCUAUUGAACCGAGCCCAGACCGUAGUGAGAGUGGAUUCAGAUUUGAUUUCCAACCUUAAAUCUUGGAUUGAGUCAAAGCAAAGCCAAGACGGAAGCUUUAAACCACAUUUCAUCGACAUCGAGCCGGAUAAUCAGACGAGUGUAGGUGAGCCGGCCAAAACCAUCGCAACCACUGCUCAAACGCUGAACGCCCUUCUUGCCGUCGGAAUCGAAGACCAAAAAGACAUCGAUGCUGUGACGAGGGCCAGGGAAUACUUGGAAAAUCAAGUCGGUGCAGACAUGAUGGUAGAUGGUGUCACUCUGGCCUCCCUUUGUCUUGCGCUGGUCGAAGCGAGAAGCCCAAAAGCACAUCUGGCAUUGGAUCUGCUGAAGAACGCGUCCACAAACGAAGAAGGCGAAUUUGGUUGGCCCAGGCAGAGAGACAAUUCAGACUGGCUUUACGAAGAAGGAGUCGAACAAAAGAGACAACCUGUUACAUCGCAUUUAAAAGAAUUCAAAGCUUCAUUGUACGCAUUAAUGACCUACACGCAUUUGAAAGACCUCAAGUCGGCCGAACCUGUGGCAAGAUACUUAUUUUACCGCUCCAACAUACUGGACACCCAUACUGAAUUGAUAUCAACAGCCGUCAAGGCUUUUUCGGAAUUUGCCAAACUCGCCCUAGAUGAAAACCGGUGGUUGACCGUAUCGCUUGCCACUUCUGGAAUGGAGCUUACAGACACUUUGGAACUGCGACCUGACACUCCUCCACAGAUUCUCAACUUGCCUUCUCUGCCGACAAAAGUUUUCGUCUAUGCGACCGGUGGUGGUUGUGCCACAGUUCAAGGAAGGAUGAGCUAUGCCACAUAUUAUCCUAGCAGGAGUAAUUCUCUAUUGGACCUUUGGGCAGGAGUCACUGAGGAGAUAUUGCCCAGGAGAAAUUCAAUCCAAGAGCUUGAAGGGAAACUCCCCGUCCUCAACUUAAAGACUUGCUUUAGGUGGAAGGGAGGAGAGCCUUCAGGUGUGAUAAGACUCGAAAUACAUUUAUUUUCUGGAUUUGAACUGUCUUCAGUUGUGCCCAAUAAACUAGAUAUGGAUUAUGGAUCUAGAGGUGAUAGAGUUUGGUUUGUCGUUUCAAAUGUCAGUUCAUCUUGUGCUGUGUGUAUUGAAUUUUCUGCAAAGAGUGAAUAUAUAGUGAGCAGAAUGAGGCCCGCCUUUGCCCGGGUCUAUCCUGCAGGAAGGGCAGAUUUGGUAUCAGAGUUGUUUUUUCACACGAGAAAGGGUUCUCCUUUACUCGCUGCUACCUCUGAGGAUGAUCUAAUUACUUGGUUCGGCUCGACACGAGCUGGUGAAUUCGACGGAAUGAGUUCUGAUUUCUCAAACAUAUGCCCUUGUGGACAGGACUGCAAAGACAUCGGGACGACGACAAGAAUGCCCAUGACUUCAGUUCAAGUGAGCGAUGAUGACGAGAGGCAAAGUGGAGUGGACGACUUCACCGAUAUCAUAGUAUUCAGCGACCUGCAUGAAAAUCUAUCGACGACAGAAGGAGAAUUUGGAAGCAUCGAGGACAUCACACGAGAGCUGGGAUUCAAUUCCACUUCCGAGACGCUAUAUUUCGAAAGGGAGUCAAUCAGGACGACCCAGGUCACUCCAUCCAGCUUGCCCAUCUCGACCAAAAAACCAGAUCGGAAAAAGGGAACUCUAGAAAAAAAACCUGCAAAAAAAGCCCCUGUACUAGAAAAGGGGUUUUUGAGGAGCAAGCACAUUGAUCUUCCUCCGUUUAAAGCACCUUUGCGAAUAGAUCAAGAUGGUAUAUCGUUGAACACCGAAUUGAAAACAGGACUGCCCGAGGCACUCAAAACGACUACCGAAUCGAUAGAUAAUAUGAAUCCGGUUAAAACGGCACAGCUUGCUAAAGAGCACGCUUCACUCAGAACACCCGUGUCAGAUCUGCUGAGAGAAGGAUCACCGAAGGAAUCGUCAGGAGGCUGAAGGCCAAAGACGAUUUUCAAACACGCAUGGGACAACGGCCGAAAAAAAAUUACGUUUGAAAAAGAGAGAACAAUAUUUAAGAAUGGAAUCGCAAAAUAAGGAGCGCACUAUACAAAAUGAGCAUAUUUUUACAUUCCCCUUUAUCCCCCUCACCCAGAAAACACCUAAUUUCAUGUACACUUUGUACUAUUUCCUCAGAGAAUUAAAAAAAAAAAAA